UCACUCAUCUAGUUGGUUGUAGAGUAAUAUCACAAAUCCCAAGUAAUCACUCAAAAAAUUUUACAACGUUUAUACCGAUAACAUCGCGAAGUAUUUAGUUCAUCAUUUAUCGUGGGUUUUCGAUGAUUCGUGUUGUAAUACUCGUAAUGACUCUAAUGAAAAGUGAAUAUCAAUCUACUGCCAUACGUUUAGUAGAAAAUUCAGGGAAAUGUGCGAAAUAGACAUAUUCAGCAAGAGCAGUUGAAACGUGUUAAAGGAUUGGAGAUAAGGAACAGAUUCUAGAGAUUCGAAGUGUAAUUGAUGAAUGAAGUAUGGAAACUCUUGUCUUGAAAGUCAUAAUCGGUAUUCUCGUCAUGUUUCUCUGCACAUGGAUAAAUGCGGCGAGUCUGGACAUGAAGAAUAAUGACAAUGAUGGAUCAAUCACAACUGAGAGGACAGCAGUCGCCACAACCCCGCGAUCUUUCAGGUUAUCGAGGGCAUAUCGACGAGGACACGACGUCGACGGUCAUGAUGAUCAUGAUGAUGACCAUGACCAUUCGGAAGAAAAUGACGAAAUGCAGGACUCGAAAUCAAUAGCCAAGAGCGAGUACUGGGGUGGUUACUACGAUUUCUUGAUAAACGAGGGUAGCUACAAAUUCUGGGCUGUCUUCCAGCUUGCCACUGCUGCACUUCUCAUCUACAGUGGAUUCGCUGCCCUCUAUUACGCCAAGGUAAAUCCAUCUAUCACGGACGACUACGAUGAUUAUUUUCUCCGACGACGAAGAAGACGACGUGACACAACUACACCGUUAUUUUUUGGUAUGGACAUUGCCACAUUCCAACGAAUAAUGGACGCACUGGAGAUGAGAAAUAAUGAUUUAAUGUAAUUAACAAUUAUCAAAUAAUUGACAUUGAGUUAUGACUUUU